CUCCGGUCCGCUGCAGUAAAAGAUUGAUCUCUGGGCUGGUGAACAUAAUAUCUGUCCCAGUCAGAAAAGGAAAGAGGAAAUUAGCAGAGCGAUUGGUGGAGAAUGAUAUCUGUCAAAAGAAACACUUGGAGAGCACUGAGUUUAGUGAUAGGUGACUGCCGGAAAAAAGGGAACUUUGAAUUUUGUCAAGAUCGCACUGAGAAGCAUUCCACAAUGCCAGACUCACCUGUGGAUGUGAAGACACAAUCCAGGCUGACGCCUCCAACCAUGCCACCUCCUCCCACUACCCAAGGAGCUCCAAGAACCAGUUCAUUCACACCCACAACGUUAACCAAUGGCACUAGCCAUUCACCAACAGCGUUAAAUGGAGCUCCAUCUCCUCCUAAUGGCUUUAGCAAUGGGCCAUCCUCUUCCUCUUCCUCUUCUCUGGCUAACCAGCAGUUACCGCCAGCUUGUGGAGCUAGGCAACUCAGCAAACUGAAGAGAUUUCUUACAACCUUACAGCAGUUUGGCAAUGACAUUUCACCAGAGAUUGGGGAGAGAGUGCGUACCCUUGUGCUAGGACUUGUGAAUUCUACUUUGACAAUUGAAGAAUUUCAUUCCAAACUGCAAGAAGCUACUAACUUCCCACUGCGACCUUUUGUCAUCCCAUUUUUAAAGGCCAAUCUGCCCCUGCUGCAGCGGGAGCUGCUGCACUGUGCAAGGCUAGCCAAGCAGAACCCAGCCCAGUACCUCGCCCAGCACGAACAGCUGCUUCUGGAUGCCAGCACCACCUCACCUGUUGACUCCUCAGAGCUGCUUCUCGAUGUGAACGAAAACGGGAAGAGGCGAACUCCAGACAGAACCAAAGAAAAUGGCUUUGACAGAGAGCCUUUGCACUCAGAGCAUCCAAGCAAGCGGCCCUGCACUAUUAGCCCAGGCCAGCGGUACAGUCCAAAUAAUGGCUUAUCUUAUCAGCCCAAUGGUCUGCCUCAUCCCACCCCACCUCCACCUCAGCAUUAUCGUUUGGAUGAUAUGGCCAUUGCCCAUCACUACAGGGACUCAUACAGACACCCCAACCACAGGGACCUCAGGGACAGAAACAGACCUAUGGGGUUGCAUGGCACACGCCAAGAAGAAAUGAUUGAUCACAGGCUAACAGACAGAGAAUGGGCAGAAGAGUGGAAACACCUUGACCAUCUGUUAAACUGUAUAAUGGACAUGGUGGAAAAAACUAGGCGAUCUCUCACUGUACUACGGCGAUGUCAAGAAGCAGACCGUGAGGAGCUUAAUUACUGGAUACGGCGAUACAGUGAUGCGGAAGAUUUAAAAAAAGGCGGUAACAGCAGCAGUAGUCACUCCAGACAGCAGAGUCCAGUGAAUCCGGAUCCAGUUACAUUAGAAUCGCAUCGGGAAUUCCUUCACAGGCCUGCGUCUGGAUACGUGCCAGAGGAGAUCUGGAAGAAAGCUGAGGAAGCUGUCAAUGAAGUAAAGCGUCAGGCAAUGGCCGAGUUGCAGAAGGCAGUGUCGGAGGCAGAGCGGAAAGCUCACGACAUGAUCACUUCAGAGAGAGCUAAGAUGGAGCGCACUGUUGCCGAAGCCAAGCGCCAGGCUGCAGAGGAUGCACUAGCUGUUAUCAAUCAGCAGGAGGAUUCAAGCGAGAGUUGCUGGAACUGUGGCCGGAAAGCUAGUGAAACCUGCAGUGGUUGCAACACAGCACGAUACUGUGGCUCAUUUUGCCAGCAUAAGGACUGGGAGAAGCACCAUCACAUCUGUGGACAGACCCUCCAAGCCCAGCAGCAAGGAGAGACACCAGCAGUGAGCUCCUCCGUGACGCCCAGCAGCGGGGCCGGGAGCCCCAUCGACACUCCACCAGCAGCCACUCCUAGGUCCACCACCCCGGGAACCCCAUCCACCAUAGAGGCCACUCCUCGUUAAAACUGUACUCGAAACUCUGAAAACAAAAACACAACAAAAAAUGAAACCAAUUCCUCAUCCUCAGAUGCGCAAAGAUUUUAACUGAACUGUCAUAUUUCAAUACUUCAAUAAGAAAGAACUUACUGUAUCUUGAGGUGGUAGAAAAUACAGAAGGCCAGUAACGGGUCAUAAUGACUUAUUGUGGAUAACAAAGAUACCUUUUCUUUAGAAAACUGAAAAGAGAGCAGAGAAUAUACACAAAAUGAUAGAUUUGACCUCCUCCCUGUUAUUUUCCAGUAGCUGGGAUUUUAAACUAGAUGACCUCAUUAACAGAUGCUUUACCAAACAGCAAACCAAGAGAUUGCUAAUUGCUGUUGAAAGCAAAAUGCUAAUAUUAAAGUCACAAUGUUCUUUAUAACAAUAAUGGAAAUUAAAAAAAAAAAAAAAGAGAGAGAGAGAAAAAAAUAACCCUCAAGGGCAUGAGCAUUGGAUACAGCAGUAGACAUUUUAACAAGAAGAUGAAUGGCGUCCGUGGGUUACUGACUGAACUUUGAAGACCCGCAUCAAAACGCGCAGAUGUGCAGCAGAUUGGAAGGAGACACAGAUGUUCUUUUUUUUUUCCUGUUUCUGAAAGAAAUAAAAUAAUAUCCAGGUCAACAGAAUGAAAAAUAAAAGAUGAUUUGCAGUGGGAUGUAGGACUACAGCAGCAAAGAAAAAAAAAAAUGCCAUAAUACAAAAGGCUUUUUUUUUUUUUUUU